GUUUGUGAUCGCGUUGACCCUGAUAGGAUUCCGUAAUUAUUAAGUAACCGCUUGGAGUUGCGCAUAUAUCAACUUUGGACUUGACUACCACGGAUUUUAGAAUGUAUCGGUGUACUAGUUAAAUACUCAUGAUGUUCCAUUUAAAUUUCAAAGUUUAGACCGAAAAGAAAUAUUAAUGAUCUAACUUUUAGUGCAUAUAACAUAUGAAAAGAAAGACUGCCAAGUCAGCCAACAUGUUCCGUAUCGCUCUGUUCGUUGUAUUCCUCGGAUUUUGUUCUGGUCAGAUGAUAAUUCCACCGCGGCCUCUUGGGUUCGUGUAUGGAAACGGAAGUAACGAUGCCUUCAUCCACCUAGACGCACACUUCGGGCCUUUGUGCCCUGACAGUAAGGCUGCCUUACCGAACCUGAAGCAGGUCGCGGACUAUUAUGGUGGCAUGAAACUCAAGCUCACCCUGCACAUGUUUCCGCUGCCCUACCAUCACCAGGCAUACCUGGCUGCAGUCGGCGGUGAGGUGGUAUCCAGCCUUACAGACGACAAUGAUACGUACAUGUACAUUGAGGAAGUUUAUAGCAACCUGGAAAUUCUCUCAAAUGACGCCACCUCCAACAUGUCAUCAAGCGACGUCAUGAAUACAUUGGGCGACCUUGCGCUCGCGUGCUGUGGAGUGGACAAAGCGCGUUUUCUGGCGGCCACCAAAAUCAAGGCCAUGGAAACAAAGGCCCGCACCGCCUGGAAAUAUUCCGCCUCAAGGGGCAUCGCGAGCACGCCGACGUUUCUGCUGAACGACGUCGAGGUGGCGGCCGAUCCUACAUGGACGAUGGCCGAAUGGCGGCAGGUGAUCGACCCUCUCGUGCACGGGAACUUCUUCAAAGCGUCAUUCACAUCUCAGAAUGCGGGUGUGGCGGUGUGGAGUGGGUCGUGUCCGGCGGGGACGGUCAAGUGCGAGUACCUCCCGGAAAAGGUGGAGUGCUGUACCAAGGGAGAGGCGUGCAUACCAAACGUUGGGUGCCGCUGCUGAACAGUAUACCCCUAUAUCUGACAUAAUUAUUGUGGACGAUUUUCAAGCGCAACUGUAAUUAACAAAAUGACGAUUAUUAUUUUAAGUUUUAAAAUACCGACUUUUGU